AUUGUUACACUUAAAAUGUUUCAGGUCGUUAUUUCAAAGUCUCGUGUUACAGAGAUCAAAUACAGUUCCCAGUCUGCACCGGUGGGUCAUGACUCUCAAGUCUCAGUUCCUCCUAGGAUCCCAAGGAGUGUAGACGUAUACAAAAUUCAGAAGAUUUACAAUACAACAAGAAUGAAAGUCAAUUUACUGCUUACCCUGUUUUCUCUGAUUGGUGUGUCCCAAUCCAGCUAUUAUCACCAGUGUAAGCAGGCUCGAGAAAAUUGUUGUGAUAGCACUUUUCAAGUUCCAGAAAUAAGUCUUCGAAGAUGUUUCGAGAAAAACUUCUGUGGUUCAGCUCUCGCUAAUUUAUGUUCACCAGCAGAGAUUCAGCUAAAUGAGGAUGUCCAGAGCAAGAAAGCUAAAAAUGCAAGAUAGAAAGGUGUCUAUGCUUGUUCCAGCGCAUUUUGCUGUACACUGUACACAGAAGCACACUAGCUGUACACUGUAGACAGAAGAAUACUAGCUGUACACUGCACAAUAUAGUGUAUAGAAAUGUACACUAUACACCAAGGAGAAUUGAAUACAAGGAGGGGGCAAUAGGGUUUCCGUACACUUUGCUGUGACGUAUUUGGGCUGCUGGAG